AUGUCGCCUGCUGUGUUCCUCAACGGUUUGGGCCACACGCUCUCGCCCAGUGCGCCCAGCACGCCCACAAAUAAUGGCCACAAUUACGAAUCCGCCUCUGCUGUUGCAAGUCCAGAGUCUGACUUGGCCACCGUGAUUAAGCGUCACGAACAAUUCGAGCAGUAUGACAAGGAAAAGGCCAAGUUUGUAAACGAACUUGUUGCACGCUACGAAUACCUUAGCCAGCGAUAUGAGGCCCUAUUAUCGGAACGCAAUCGUGAGCACGAUUGGGUGGUGGCGUGGCAAGCCGAAAAGCAGCAGUACGAAAAGUAUAUGAAGAACAUGCAGCGUGCAAUGGCCGAUAACCCCUUUGUCAUGGUGCUGAUUGAUGGCGAUGGAAUGAUUUUUCGCGAGGAGUUUGUCAGCGAUGGCGAGAGGGGUGGCCGUCGAGCUGCCUCUCAACUCUAUGCUGCAGUUCAGGAGUACAUCGAGACUGAGACCACUGAUAUUCCUCUCGGCGCUCGUAUCGUCUGUCGUGUUUACGCCAACGUUCGCGGACUCGGCGAUGUGCUUGUGAAGACUGGCGCCGUUGAAUAUGUCGGACAAUUUGAAGACUUCAUGCGCGGUUUUACACGAGGCAAGACCCUCUUUGACUUCAUUGACGUUGGCUCCGGCAAAGAUCGUGCAGAUGAGAAGAUCAUUGAGUCGUUCAAGCUCUUCUCGCAAGAUUACCAUUGCCGUCGACUUCUUUUCGGUUGCUCGCAUGACAAUGGCUAUGCUCGCGUACUUGAGGAGAGCUCCGACAAGCUAGAGCUCCUCAGCAAGGUGGUGCUCCUGGAGGGCGUUCCGUUCGAAAAAGAGCUGGUACCCCUGCCAUAUACCACGAAGAAAUUUCCAGGCCUUUUCCGGGACUCCAAGCUCGUCGUUUGGGGUGCAUCCAACACGUUUUUUCCUGCUGGGCCUGGCACUCCCGUCGACUCGCCAUCGCCUGGGAUGAAGACUUUCAACAUGCUAAGUGGACUGCCAUCUCGCUUUCCCGCACCUGUACGGGGGCCAAUGUCGUCGCUGAUGGAUAGUCCCAUUCCCGCCAAGGCUUCUCUAAUGAAUCUACCUAGGACACCGUCUUCGUCAACCCUGGCUUCCGAUGGAUAUCCAGCUUUGAAGCCAGCUCCCAGCGUCAAUAGCUGGGCUGCGAAGGCUGCAGCUCCGCCGCCUCCUGGCUCCGAGUCGCCUGUGUAUAAGCCAGCGAACCGUGAGGAAGUAAUCGCGCGCAAUCGAAUUGGCCAGCGUGUUGACCCUCCCUGCAAGGAUUACGACAAGGUUGAAGUCGAUCGUAUCAAGAAGAUCAAGAUGUGCAACGUCCAUUUUCUCAGGCGAGAAUGCCCAUAUGAUGAGCAGUGUACGCACCUUCAUCAAUACAAACCCACGAAAGAGGAGAUAAGCACCCUCCGCCUUGUCGCACGUAUGGCUCCUUGCCAGAACGGAAGUGGCUGCCAGGACAUAAAGUGUAUAUAUGGUCACCGUUGCCCGGCACCUUCAAACAAGCAUCACGUCAAGGGCACCAAAACUUGUAUUUUUGGCGAGGCGUGCAAGUUUCCGCCUGAGUUGCACGAUAUUGACACCAACGUGGUUAAGACCCUGGUUAUACGUUAG